UAGCACGUGGAGCCACUGGAGUUUUUUGAAAGCAACAGUUUAGCUCGCGUGUUGUUUUCCCGCGCAAACGGCAGAGGCGAGUCGCACGCUCGUGACUUUUAAAGUGCCUUAUCUUUUAAAAUUUUAAUUUAUUUUAGCGCAACAAGUGUUAAUUCAUAUCGCAGAAAUGGACACGGAAAUCGAUCAGAAUCUAGAACAGAUAACGCGUGAAUAUGUCGACUUUCUCGACGACACGGAGGACCAGGGUAUUUAUGCUACGAUGGUCAAGAAUAUGAUUCAGGAGGAGAAGUAUAGAUUAGUUGUGAACAUUAAUGAUUUGAGAAGGAAAAACCCUGUUCGAACAACAAGCCUGUUGAAUAAUUCUUUUGAGGAACAACUGGCAUUUCAGAAUGCUUUGAAACAAUACAUUUCGAGUAUAGACAUUGAUUAUGCCAAAAGCAACAAAGACUUCUUUGUGGCUUUCGAGGGCAGUUUUGGAAACAAGCAUGUUACACCGAGAACGCUCACUUCUCGUUAUUUGGGUAAUUUGGUAUGCGUAGAGGGUAUUGUUACAAAAUGUUCUCUGGUACGACCAAAAGUUGUGCGGAGUGUCCAUUACUGCGAUGUAACUAAAACUAUCCUGGAGAGAGCCUAUUCGGAUCUAACUUCCUUAGAAGCCUUUCCCCAUUCUGCUAUUUACCCAACUACUGAUGAAGAUGGCAAUCCAUUGGAAACAGAAUUCGGUUUGUCAACUUACAAGGAUCAUCAGACGCUCACUAUACAGGAAAUGCCCGAGAAAGCUCCCGCCGGACAGCUCCCACGAAGCGUGGACGUAAUUUGCGAUAAUGAUUUAGUGGAUUUGUGCAAACCUGGUGAUCGAGUGCAGGUUGUUGGGAAUUACCGGUGUCUUCCGGGAAAACAAGGUGGAUACACCACUGGAACUUUCAAAACGGUUUUAAUUGCCAACAAUAUAAUGCAACUGAGUAAAGAAGCCAACCUUGCAAUCUCUCACGACGAUGUAGCUAUGUGCAAGAAACUUGCAAAGCACAACCCCUGCAAAAAUAUUUUCGAGCUCCUCGCCAAGUCCCUUGCGCCAUCCAUACAUGGCAAUGAAUACAUAAAAAAAGCAAUUCUGUGUCUCCUAUUGGGUGGAGUGGAGAAGAUCUUGCCAAAUGGUACGAGGCUGAGAGGAGAUAUAAAUGUGUUAUUAAUUGGAGAUCCCUCAGUGGCCAAGUCGCAACUACUGCGUUAUGUAUUGUGCACCGCUCCACGAGCAAUUCCGACGACUGGGAGAGGAUCUUCCGGCGUCGGUUUGACGGCGGCAGUUACAGUCGAUCAAGAGACUGGCGAACGCAGAUUAGAAGCAGGCGCGAUGGUCCUGGCAGACCGCGGUGUUAUUUGUAUCGAUGAAUUCGAUAAAAUGUCGGACAUUGAUAGGACCGCGAUACACGAGGUGAUGGAGCAAGGCAGAAUCACAAUUGCCAAAGCGGGCAUUCAUGCCAGCUUGAAUGCACGUUGUUCCGUAUUAGCGGCUGCGAAUCCUGUGUAUGGAAGAUAUGAUCAAUACAAGACUCCUAUGGAAAAUAUUGGCCUGCAGGAUUCUUUGCUAUCGCGUUUCGAUUUGCUUUUUGUUAUGUUGGACAUAAUCGAUUCGGAUCAGGAUCACAUAAUUAGCGAUCAUGUCGUUCGGAUGCAUCGAUACAGAAGUCCUUUGGAGCAGGACGGAGAGGCAUUAAGCUUAGGUUCAAAAUUAGAUAUGUUGACCACGAAAAAUCCAGAUGAUGUAGUUACCGAGGAAACACAGUCGCAAGUUUAUCAGAAAUAUGAUCCGCUUCUGCAUGGACAAACACGUUCUAAAAACGAUCAAAUUCUCACUAUACAAUUUAUGAGGAAGUAUAUCCACAUCGCACGGUGUAUGAAACCCAAGCUCACAGAAGAGGCUAGUGCUGUUAUUGCGGAAGAAUAUUCGAAACUUCGAUCGGAGGAUAUGGUGGAAUCUGACGUUGCAAGAACUCAACCGGUGACUGCGAGAACUUUGGAGACGUUGAUUCGGUUGUCUACGGCGCAUGCGAAAGCCCGACUCUCAAAAAACGUAGAGAGCGAGGAUGCCCGCGCCGCAAUAGAGCUGGUGCAGUUUGCCUAUUUCAAACGUGUGCUAGAGAAAGAAAAGAAAAAGCGACGACGUCGCGACAGUGCAUCAGAAGAUACGGAUGAAGAAGAUGAGAGCAGACGGACCAAACGCGCCAAAAGGACGACGGGAGAAUCGGCCGAUCCAUAUGAAUAUGAUAAUGAUGAUGAUCAUAUCGAGCAAGUAACCAGAAGAAUAACCAGGACACAAUCACAAAGCGUUAGUACAUCUGCGCCGUCAAAUCAUAUGGAAACCGAAGAUCAAGAAUCCUCUGUUCCAGAAACAGCGACGCCAACGAUCACACAAGAAAGACUUGCGGUCUUCAAGUCGUCGCUUAACAAGUUGUUCCAAGAACGAAGAGUUCAACAUAUUCUACAGACAGAAGUCGUUGACCAUCUGAACACAACGCUUUCUUUGAAUUUCACAUCCGAUGAGAUUAAAGCCGCUAUCAAUACCAUGAUGGAUUCAAAUCAAAUUAUGGCUGCGGAAGGCACCAUCUUCUUGAUAUAAAAUAUUUUUGUAAUAUCUCGCUAUUACAAUCUUAUUAUAUUUUAGAUUUUAGAGCGAGUGACUUUUAACUGUUAUUAGAUAAAAUGAAAUUGAUCAUUCGCUGUAGCCAUACUACAUUAUAAGAAGAAAAUCAUUCAUUGUAAUUACGGUGGCUGAUUAAUUUUUUUAUAAUUUAUGCGAAAGAAAUAUUUUUUAUACGAUUUAUAAUAUUUUUCUAUUCAUUAUGUUAUAGACAACAAAGUGUACGUUAGCAAGCGUCAAGUAAUAAUAAGGAUAUAUACACGUUUACGAAUAA